AUGCGUCCCUUAUUAUAUUAUAAUUGUAAAAAUCUUGAAAUAGGUAAUCUUAAAGGUUUAACUGAAGAUGAACCUAUUCCUGAACGAUAUGAGAGAUAUUGGAGAUCUUAUGCUUUAUUUCGACGUACAUUUAUCGUCUUGACCGCUGUUUGGGGUUUUGGUUUACUUCUUGAUGUUCCUGUCCGUAUUCUUAUUAUUUACAAAACAAAAACGAUUGAUGAAACUGUUUAUAUUGGAAAUGUUGUUAUUGGUAGUUGGACGGGCUGUAUACUUUUAUUUACCAUAGUUUAUUCCAGAUGGAUGCAAAAAUUAAGUCAAAAACGAGAAGCAGAGGCUGCUGCUGCUGCUUCUUAA